AUUGCUGCUGCUGCUGCUGUAGUUUGGCUCCUACUUUACAGCAUCUACUGACUAUGGACUUAGCUCACUCCAGCACACCGCUAUGCUCUCCUCGCUGACCCACCUGAGCAAGAGUACAUUGUGGUGUUGUGGUCCUUGUGGAAAAGCUAAAUUUACAUACCAUUAAUGGCUAAGUCUGUCAUAGCUUGCUUACUUAUUGCUAAAAAAGUAGUAAUGAUAAUAGUGGCAUUGUGCUCAGCUGCGUUACAAGAAAUCGACUUGAAUACCGUAAAAGUCCGUGAACAAGUAUGUACUUAGUUUCGAAUUUAGUGGUCGCACCGGUACUAACUGUCGGGCAAGAACUAUCUUUCGGACUUGACUUGUGUGUAGUGGAGAAGUCAUUUUCAUGUAGAUGUUAUACAUACUAAGCACUGCAUGUGCGAAUCAUACCGGUACUUAUUCCGGGCAGUAUGUUUAUCUGGCUGAACUCGACUUCAACAGACGGAGUCAAAAGGAUGAAAGGGGUAUUUAUUUCGGGCAAGUACUUUAAUAAGGCCUAAACAAAAAAUAGCCUUGUUUCCGGUCGUCCGACCGGGUCAUUUUUUCCCAAAUUCUGAAACUUUUUUUUGGUCCGCGUAAUGUAGUACAUGUCAUGUGUGCGCCUGUAAAGCUAGCGCUGUAUAGUGACUGUAGGUAUUGCGCGGUGCAAGCACGCUUGUUGUACAGUUGUAGCUUGCAUGCAUCCGCGGUCUUGUACGUCUGGUGGUGGACUCACGCUGUCAGGAGCACACAGUCUGUCAUUGACAGAUUGUAGAUCUACCAUGUACUGCAGUCAUGUAAAAGUGUCGAUGUCGCGCCCGCGUUGCAGUGAAGUAGGGGCGGGCACACACGGUUCAUGGUGCAUGAAUCGGAUUGUGAAAAUGACAGCAUGAGUGCAGUGGAAAUAGUGACAGACUGCGGAAUCGUAUUGAUGAGUUGGUUUCGGUUUUCAGUGCGACCAACACUGUACUCAAUCCUUGGCAUCGUUGCUGCAAUCUAGCAAGACAUGUAAACUUCACACAUCUCCGCUACCACUACCACCGACUCUACUGCCAGUACUACUACUUCUAGGAUUAGGAAGUAACAAAGUUAGUUCCGCAUGCGCCAGGCCACCACCAAUAAAAGGCACCAUGCCUGAUGAGAUUUCAGCGGUAUCGCCUAUCCGAAAAUGUUCCCAGCACAGGUAAAAGACGAAGAGGAGAAAAGCGAACUUUCCUUCCGAAGAGUUUGGUGAAGUCCGUCGUUCUCUUGUGUUCUGCAGUAAGUCUAUCGUUCUCGCUGAGUGUCGACAGCGAUGGCUCCCCUUUGCGUGGAGUGCCAUCGAUCGUCUAAAUGUUUAGUCCAGCAGCGACUUGUGUCCGCCGCCGCGGAUAGCAGCCUCCUGGAAGUUUUUAGACAACAUGUCCAGCCUCGUCUUGAGGAGAGCGUUGACGGCGAUGUGACUGCCUUUGCCAGUCAGUCUGGGAAGGUCGGUACAUGGAAGGAAGUUGACGUGGACGAGAAAGUCCAACUUGUUGCUGAGUUCGGGUGUAGAUUUAUAAAAUUCGAUCUCCCCAAGGAAGACAUAGGCGAGCCAGCAGCAAAGCGUCGUCCAACGUCCGCCUUUGACAUCAUGCUUGCAGCUGCGUCGGAGCGCAAUAGCCUUCCUGACCGGCGGGAGCCUGUUACGAGAAAGGACGACUUGUUCAACGACGUCGUGAAUUAUCUGAAGGUAAGCUUGAUCGAAAGUUUCAGGAUUGUACGUAGAUUUACAUCAAUGUUUGGUGUUCAUGUUCCGAGGGUUGUUGUUGCGGUGUAAUGUUGUUCGUGGCCGUUGCUUUACGAGUACAACUCACGGUGCUGCGUCUCGCUCGAAACUAAAUAGUUUGUUUCCCCUUUCAUACUGUUGCAGACAUGUGGCGUCGGGUUCUCAUCGGAUUCCGUGGCGUCGGAGGGCACGUACGUUGUGCGGACGCUGACCUCGGCGCUUUGGUACUGCCAUCCUCACUUUGACAAGCUUACAGACGCCAGCACACGCACCACCGUCUCUGCAAUGCCCCGUCGCUGGAUGGAUAAUUUCUCGAAGCCCUACAACGACUGGCAGGCGAAGAAAGAGAAGAGACCGCGCAUUGACGCCAGCACCCUGGAAGCGCAUGGCAGAGCCCUUCUUGCCCUGUUACCCAAGGUCUGCUUGAGUGGUAGUCAGUGGCUAGAUAUUCGCCAAGAUAUCGACGGUUUCGCUACUACCUUGCAAGGCUAUUGCAAGUACCUAGCAUCAGCUGGUGUGCAGCAACAGUGGCGGCAGCAGCAACCUCAUCCCGUGCGGCAAGUCUCGACAAAUAUUACUGUCCAGCGUUGUGAACAUGCUGCUCAGGAGAACAUGGGAAACCUUGAGUGCGCACUGAGCAACAAGAUGGCCGGGUGUGAGGACUAUGUACCACAGCUGUUCGACGAGCAGGAGUUGUUUGGCUGCACUCUGACCUUCCUGAAGGACCUGAAGUCUAACCUUACCUUGGAUAUCAUGCGGUACGACCCAGGUGGCGGUCGUGGUUGUGUGGUCUUCCUAUGGAAAUGCCCACAAUCUGUUGAGGUGACGAGUGAUGCAUACGCCACGAAAGUAGCUCGCAUCCUCUCCUCUCUUGAAGAGAAGUUGCCCACAUACCACACCAGGCAAAUGAGGAAGUCAUUCUUCAGUUCCUACAGCUCACUCUCUGGCCUCACUCCUGUUGUGUUACGCUCAGUGUACCAGGAGCUUACCGGUGAUGUUGCUGUGAGCACAAACCCUGCCAUGGAUCGACGGAUGCAGCUCUACAUUCUGGGAGAACUGCCGGAGAUUGAUGUUGACUUGCGGCGCUUGAAUAGCGGCCGUCCUGCUGUCUUCGACAGAUUCUUUGAGAAAGCUGCGGAAGUGUUGUCAGAUUGCCAGGCAGAGGAUUCGAGAAGACAUGGAGUUGCUCACCUGAGUAAAUUUCUGUCAAUUCGUGAUUUACACGAGCAAGUACGUGUGCAGUGUCCUGAUGUAGAGGUACCUUCACUUGAGUGGCUCAGGCUCCAAUUUCUACCAGUCGACCCCAGGACGUCUGCAGCGAUACGCUACACCGGCAAGCUGCAUGUUAAGAAGAGAGUGCAGUCCCGCAUUCUCCGUGCCAGUCAUGAGGAUGACCACUAUGCCGCAGCUGUCUUCAAAUAUAUGCGAGCAAUGGCAGUCGACUUGAAGGAGCAUGAUCCUUUAUUCCUCUGCAUGGAUGACAAGGCCAAAGUUCCUGUUGGCGAGCCUGACCGGCCUACGUCAACCAAUGUUCGCUCCAAGGCCACAUAUGUGGAGGAGAACGAGCAGCUAACCGCAAUGGACCAUGAUCUUACGAAGUGCUCCCUGACACCAUCCGUCAUUCUGCGAUGCGACAUUCCUGAUAUGGCAGAGGGCUCAUUCUACCGUGGCCAAGUAGAUGUCCGUGUGAAAGACAGCGUGUUCGAGCCAUCAAAUCCGUUCCGCCACAUGGCAGAGCUACGAGCAUCUGCCUGCUUCGAUGGUGCAGUGUGCCCGCCAAUUGCAUUCGUAUAUACUGAUGGCGGAGUAGACCAUCGAGUUACCUGUAGAUCUGUCCAGCUGGCCUACAUUGCCUUGUUCAUCAAGGAAGACCUCGACCUUCUUGUUGCUGGACGCACUUGCCCUGGUCACAGUUUUGCCAAUCCUGCAGAACGUGUCAUGGCAACCCUCAACCUUGGUUUGCAGAAUGCUGCUUUCGCCAGAGUUCGGAUGACAGAUGAAUCUGAAAGUCGCAUCAAGUCUGCUAACUCCAUGGCUGCUGUCCGUACAGCUGCUGAACAGUACCCUGAUGUGAAACAGGAUUGGAAGCAGUCGAUAGAGCCAGUGAAGGAGCAUGUUGAGCAGCGCUUCCGGCGACUGGUGUACAGCGGUACACAGGUUCGUGCACCGGAUCUAGUUGCAGACGAGGAUGUCCGGGCUAUCAUCACCCACCUUUGGCCUGAUGUCGACCUUGCAAAGCUGACGGCCAAAGACCUCAGUGGCAAAUUGGGCUUGCAGAAGUUUCUAGACAGUCACUGCAGGAUCCGUCAAUACACGUUCCAGAUUCGAAAAUGUGGCCAGGACCCUUGCGAGUCUGGAGUCUGCAAACCAUUGCGCACAGAUGAGUCGACCCAACUGUACUGGCUUCCAGACCCGCAACCUGAUCCAUCCAGGGACGGUCACUACAAGCGUUUCCAGAGCUUGAAGGGUGUGGAGACAGAGGAGAGUCACUGUCCAUCGCUCACGUCCAAGGCAGCACAGAAGGCAGCAUCUGGCAUACCCAAUGGAGUCGCCACCGCCCAGCGCCUUCGUGCUACAGUGGUCUGUUUGGAGUGCGAAAAGCCGAGAGGGGUGUAUGCCCAGCAUGCACUCAAGGCAGAUGAGGUACGUGAGUUUGACCGCCUGAAAGAAGUGAUCGACUACACGUGUGGCUCACCUAUCACUGAAGUGGGUGCUCCAUUUCACGGCAAACUGUUCGCCAACCUGAGUCUGCGGUGCAGUGACCCAGUUGAGUUUGCAUACUAUGCUUGCCCACGGAAGUUCGGAGACGUGUGCUGUCAUUGUGGGAAUGCAGAAGCGAUGCGUUGCCCUGAGCUGUUGGCAAAGUUUAAAGUUGUGCUGCCUCUGUGCGAUGCCUGCAACCAGCUGAAGAAGCCAACGCCUACACGUCAGCCCAAGAAAUAGGUCUGCCAGCAUGCUUAGACGAUGAGCCAGAUCUCUCUCUCUCUCUCUCUCUCUCUCUCUCUCUCUCUCUCUCUCUCUCUCUCUCUCUCUCUCUCUCUCUCUCUCUCUCUCUUUCUCUCUCUCUCUCUCCGUUUUUGUCUCCACAUCUCCUUUUUUUGGUAUCGUGGCAUGCACAUGCUGUAAACAAGCAUGCAUUGACUUGUGUCAAGUAUUAGUUGUGAAUACUGGAUAGCCGCUAGAAUUAUGAGACAUGCAGGUCUCUGUUGUGAUGUUAAACUGACAUUCCUCUAUACCAUGUACAUAAUUAUACAUCAAGUAUGUAUAUCUGCAUUGCCUUUACUGCGUAAUAUGCCCCAGGAUCAUUGAUUGUAAGAACCAAAAAAAUUGCCCAAAAAUUUUUUUUUCCGGCCGACCGAGUCUGUUUUUUGGGGGGUUGCCGACCGGAAACAAGCCUAUUUUUUGUUUAGGCCUAAUAAUAAUUACGGACUUUUACGGUACUUGAAUAUUCCCGUUCUUGGGCUUCUUCACGUGGUACAUGUAGUAGGAAGAUGUGUUGCUCUAGGUUGACAGAAAGAAAUCGGAUGGAAUGUGUAGGGAUUUUCCCAUUCCUAGUACGGCAGUUUUCUGAGCCUACUGCCAAAUUUCAGUGGCGUGCACCGGAUCCAUAUGCGUAUGUGUGUGUGUGUGUGUGUGCGCGUGCGCAUGCACUCGGGCGCACACGACCGUGUAUGACAUUGUUUCAAUUUCUAGCAACUACGGCAGUUCGUGAGGUCAAGGAGGAAACUGGUAUUGAAGCAGAGUUCAACGCAAUCCUAGGCUUUCGUCAGCAGCACCAUCAGCCAAACUCAUUUGAUCGUUCUGACCUAUAUUUUAUUUGCCGUCUCGAAGCGAAAACAC